AUGCACUACAGGUAUACGUCUACAUUGAAUAUCGCUCCACAAAAAAUUAUAAACGAACUAUCAUGGGGCGUAAAAAUGAAAUUACUAAACUACCCUCCAAACCGUCGAGUUGGCAUAUCAAUGCUUAAGUCCCAAACCGAACCCGAGACCAGAUCCAGCCCAAAUGAAGACAACAACAUGAAAAUGAAACUUUUCCGUCUAAUGUACGAGACUGUUCGAGAUAGCGACCGGAAAGUGAAGAGAGCUGAAUUGAUCAAAUCGUAUUACACGAACUAUUCUUCUUUCGAAAUCGGUUAUAUUUUGGGUGAUAUCACAGAUAAAUUUAAUAUAAUCACAGAUAUAUCAUUAACUGUCAAAAGACUGUACAAAACUUGGAAACCUGUGGAACAUAUUAACGCGUACGAACAGAUAGCUAAUAAAGCGAUCGAAAUCACGCAUUUGAUUGAUAUGAUAAACGUUAUUAAUAAAAGGAGAUUA